AUGAGCUUCCCUCCACUGGAUAUCCGUGAAAUUGUAGUGGAAAUCGCAGACAUCUUAAGGCUUCGCCAGCAGACACUUGCUAUCUCGGAAGCUGCGUGUGGUGGACUCAUCUCUGCGUACUUGGUAUCAGUUCCUGGUGCCUCCGACUUUUUCCUUGGAGGAAAGUUGGUUUAUUCGUUGCGUCAGAGACUCAAGUUAUCUGGAUUGAAUGAUGAUGAGAUCAAAUCGUAUAUGGGCCCGCUGGAAGCGGUUGUACUCAAAUUGGCCAGAACGACGAAGUAUGAGUUGGGCCUGACGUAUGUACUUUCAGAAACUGGAUUUGCUGGGCCUACCACGGAUUUACAUCUCCGUCGUGAUAACGACCAAGGCUCCGUGGCCGUUGGAACGGUUUAUUUGGGUGUUAGUGGGCCAGGCGGCGAUGUAUCGUGCAAGAGGGAGACUGGAAGUGGCGAGCGGGCGAAAAAUAUGGAGGAUUUUGCAAGAUUGGGCUUGCAACUUUUGUUGGAGACCUUGAGAACGGCUCCAGAUGCCUAG